AUGGAACAUGAAGAAGUAGUCUCCAAGUUUAAUUCACUUGAAGAUAAAGAAAAUACAUGUUCGAAUCAGUUGCAUACCAAGUGCAAUGAAGGUAAGAGUGAUGUGAAGGAGAAGAAAGGAUUGUUGACCGAUACAAAAAGUCAGGAAAGUAAUAUAGAUCGCGCUACACAAAAUUUGGCGUAUGGAGAAAUAAAAUUUCGCCUUCGAAACAAUAAAACUCAAGUUUACCGCGACGAUAACGAUAGCGAAAGAUCACGUUCGCUUACGCGGAAAGGUGCGCGCAGAAAGGAAAAAACAACUAAAGAUAAAAUCCAGGAUGCACCAAUUCAUACAAAGGCGCUCAAAAAAGAAGAAAGUAAUUCCGAAGACAAAUCUGUGCAUGUACCAGUUACAUUGUAUCCCAUGAUCGUGCUACCAUCAGAGUCUCCAAAAAUUAAGAAUCUCUCAAACGAUGUGAAGAAAUUCACAUUGUGCAACAUUAAAAUGUGGAAAAACAAGAUGACACACUUUCGCAAUAAAGAACGCGAGAGGGAAGAUCGUGCUCCUAAACUUUCUGCCUCUUUUCUGCGCAAAACUAUAAACGCGCAACAAAGAAAAAUCAUCGUAGAGUAUUUGAUUUUUCUUGGUGUGCGUUAUAACUACGAUUCAACUAUUAUUUAUCAAACUGUCAAGUUAUUUAACCUCGUUGUUGAUAGAAUUUUGAUAAACACGGAGCAAAUAAAAUUAAUGGCUUUAGCAUGCCUUUGGAUAAUUCUUAAAAGAGAAUUACCUAGUUAUAAAGUACCAACGACAACUAUGGUAUUGAAAUUGGCGAAGGACGUAUACAAAAAUCAAGAGAAACGUUUAUUGAUUUUUGAGAGGGAUAUACUUUCAAUCCUAAUGUUCAACAUGCGGUUUGCCGACCCGUAUUCGUUGCUUGUAUAUUAUAUAUUAAGUUUCAACAAAAUACCUCGAUAUAUCAAUAAAUACGAUAUCAUUCGUAUCUAUUAUUGCGGUAGCUUUUUGGUAUGGAUAUAA